CUUCUUCUGAGGGGGAGAAUAGUUCACUCUCCCUAGAGGGCCUAAGAAGGAUCAGUUUACAGGUUCCAGCAUGGGGUGGGACCCUUCCUCCUUCCCCCGUCUUGGCACUGGCACUUGGUCUGGUGACCACCACUAGCCCACAGUUGGGUCAGAAAACGUUACAGAACUCCUCUCUCCCCCACCCGAAACACACUCAGCCCUUGCACUGACCUGGCUUCUGAUUGGAGGCUGGUUGCUUCGGAUAAUAACCUCCAGGACCCCACUGUUGGUUACAGCCUGUUUGUAAUAUUCUUACUGCAACUCAAGACACCUGCGGCAGGGUGUGAGAAAAAGUAAAAGACCAGCAUUUUCACAUCCCCAAGUACCAGAAACACAGAAGACUGACACUCGCCACCUAAGUGGGGUCAGGGCUGGUGUCUGCCCAUGUUGCCAACUGGAUGGGCUGCUUGCCACAAUGAGGGAUCUUCUUCCAUACAUCGCUUGCUUCUUUGCCUUUUUCUCUACUGGGUUUUUGAUUGUGGCCACCUGGACUGACUGUUGGAUGGUGAAUGCUGAUGACUCUCUGGAGGUGAGCACAAAAUGCCGAGGCCUCUGGUGGGAAUGCGUCACCAAUGCUUUUGAUGGAAUUCGCACCUGCGAUGAGUACGAUUCCAUCCUUGCGGAACAUCCCUUGAAGCUGGUGGUAACUCGAGCGCUGAUGAUUACUGCAGAUAUUCUAGCUGGGUUUGGAUUUCUCACCCUGCUCCUUGGUCUUGACUGCGUGAAAUUCCUCCCUGACGAGCCGUACAUUAAAGUCCGCAUCUGCUUUGUUGCUGGAACCACAUUACUAAUAGCAGGCACCCCAGGAAUCAUUGGCUCUGUGUGGUAUGCUGUUGAUGUCUAUGUGGAACGUUCUACUCUGAUUUUGCACAAUCUAUUUCUUGGUAUCCAGUAUAAAUUUGGUUGGUCCUGUUGGCUAGGAAUGGCUGGGUCUCUGGGUUGCUUUUUGGCUGGAGCCAUUCUCACCUGCUGCUUAUACCUUUUUAAAGGUGUUGGACCUGGGAGAAACUAUUCUUAUUCCUUGAGGAAAGCCUAUUCAGUUGCAGGUGUUUCCAUGACCAAGUCAUACUCAGCCGCUCGAACUGAGACUGCCAAAAUGUAUGCUGUAGACACAAGGGUGUAAAAUUCACAUCUCAGUCUGUGCUUACAUAUGAUUUAAUUAAUCAAUAUGGCUACAUUGAUAAAAUAGUAAGUCAAUCCAGAAACAGUUAUUUAGAAUUCAUAUUGAACUAAAUUAAUUGCUACCUUAAUCAAAAUGUUUGACUCUCCUAUACUUUUCCUUUCUAUUACUGUCAUAUUUUUCCCUCGUUCUCUCUGCUAACCUUCCUUAUGCACACACUUUCCCUAUAUUUUAAGAUAAGUCUUCUAGAAUGUAGAACAUUCUAGAAUGUUUGUGAUUUCUAUAUAUCUAUUAGAGAUUAUGACAUGGUACUAUUAAAUGAAAUAAUGCUUAAAUAGAAAGCAAUCUUAAAAGAGGCCAGGAACCCUAAUCUUUGAAAAGAUGGACAAACUUACUUUUCUCCCUAGCUUUUGGUUCACUUUUUGUACUUUUAACAAGUGGGUGAAUUAUUUGAUAACUUUGAGGAAGAUUAUUCUUUUAUAUUCAUAUUAGUAUAUCAAUGCCUACCAUUACUCUGAUUGUAUUAAAACAGAAAAAGAAAAUAACAACUUGGUAUAGCAGCCACUGGUGAGAGUUAAAGACAAGAUCUGCCCCCCGCCUCCAAAUGUCAAAGGCAAAUGCUGAAUUGAUACUGGAGCUCGUGGUGACUUUCCACCUCACUAACAGCAUAAAGGAUCUGUGUAUUAUUUCACCACUGUUCUAGCUUUGCUGAUAUAUUACCAAAUUAUUAGACUGCAGAAGUAAUAGCUCAACCAGAGAAUUUACUCAUUUAUUGAUUAAACAUCCAAAUACUAUUGUAAUGUACUAUGUUAGAAUUCACCAAUUCAAGUGCCCACACACCACUGAAUCAUCAACACCAAGGAACGUAUUAGACAUAUGACAAAAUUCAACAAAUAUAUGUUGAUUUAAAUAAAUAAAAGUUCACGACUCUACUAAAAAAAUCAAUGUUC